AGGGGGAGAGAGGUGGCUGUGAGCUCUCGCUAGGAUACAGAGAGAGAGGGAGCUGCUGCCGCAGUUACACACAGACACACUCAGACACAGAGACAGAGACAGCGAGCGGCUCCCAUUGUGUGUAUUCCACUGACUCCGCGAGCAAACAGCGCAUCCCUCGGCAGCGGGAGAGUGAGAACCGGCAGGCGGCCGGGGUAAAGCCUGCAGCCGGGACUCGGACACCGGCACGUAGGGAGCGACAGAGCCGAGCGAAAGCGAAGAGUUCGGGGGCCGCCUCCGGUUCCAGGGCGGCGGCGGAUUGUGCCUCAUGUGGACUCUCGGGGCGGCGGCGCUGCUGCUGCUGCUGGCGGCGGCGGCACUGAGGAUACCAGUGGAAGCAAGUGAACUUGGGUCAUGCACACCUGGAUUUUCAGAAGAUGUUUACAAUGCAGACGUUUCAAGGACUAUUCGUGAAGGGCAGCCUCUUUUGAGUGUUGGCUUUGAUGACUGUUUCCGGGGUUUGGCAGUACAGUAUGAAACGAGCGACCGGAACUUCAAGGUGCAACGUGAUGGCGUGGUGUUCGCAACUGAAGACAUGCAUCUCUCUGGGAAACAAGUGAAGUUUGUGGUUACGGCACGGGGAAUGGAGAGCCCCGGACAAUGGCAAACCGUCGUCAAGUUAACCGUGAGAGCCAAAGGUGGAACCAAACGCACAGGCCAACAGAACUGGAAGCCAAGUAGUGCUGUCCUAUCUCAGAAUGUUCCGGACAUCAUUUUCCCAUGGUCCCAGCUGGAACAUCCGGGUCAUCUGAAACGCCAGAAGAGAGACUGGGUCAUUCCACCAAUCAACGUUCCUGAAAAUUCUCGUGGUCCUUUCCCUCAGGAAUUGGUCACGAUCCGAUCUGACCGUGAUAAAAACCGUUCGCUGCGCUACAGCGUCACAGGGCCAGGGGCAGAUCAACCACCGGCCGGAAUCUUCAGUAUCAAUCCCAUCUCCGGUCAGCUAGCCGUGACUAAACCUCUGGAUCGGGAACAGAGAGCCUCAUACCAUCUAAGAGCCCACGCGGUGGACCUGAAUGGGAAUCAAGUGGAAAAUCCAAUCGACAUAGUUAUCAAUGUCAUCGAUAUGAACGAUAACCGGCCAGAGUUUCUACAUCAAGUUUGGAAUGGUUCUGUUCCGGAAGGGUCAAAGCCAGGAACGUUUGUGAUGGCAGUGACUGCAAUGGACGCUGAUGACCCUAAUUCCGCCAACGGCAUAUUAAGAUACAAGAUUCUCUCGCAAAUGCCAAACAGUCCGUCUCCGAAUAUGUUCACAAUCAAUAACCAGACGGGCGAUAUCGUCACUGUAGCGGCUGGCCUUGACAGAGAGAAAGUUCCACAGUACACCUUAAUCAUCCAGGCCACUGAUAUGGAGGGUAGUCCCACGUACGGCCUGUCCAACACCGCCACUGCUGUUAUUAAAGUCACCGACGUCAAUGAUAACCCGCCAGAGUUUACCGCUGCCACGUUCUAUGGGGAAGUCCCAGAAAAUAGAAUUGAUGUCAUUGUUUCAAACCUGACCAUAACCGAUAAGGAUCACCCUCAUACUGCGGCCUGGAAUGCAGUUUAUAAGAUAACUGGUGGAGACCCUUCAGGACACUUUGCUGUACCAACUGACCCCAUCAGUAAUGACGGCCUGGUAACAGUUGUCAAGCCUAUUGACUAUGAAACCAGCAGAGCCUUUGUACUAACAGUCAUUGCUGUAAAUCAGGAGCCUCUGACAAAAGGCAUUCAGCUCCCUCCUCAAUCGACAGCCACUGUCUCCAUUACCGUUAUUGAUCUCAAUGAGAGUCCGUAUUUUGUUCCAAACCCCAAGCUGAUCAGGCAGGAAGAGGGCCUACCUGCAGGCAAAGUGCUCACUGUCUUCACAGCUGAGGACCCUGACCGGUACAUGCAGCAGACGAUCAGAUACUCGAAGUUAUUGGAUCCAGCAAACUGGCUCAAAAUCGAUCCACUCCAAGGACAGAUUACCACCGUCGCCACACUCGAUCGUGAAUCCCCUUACGUUAAAAAUAACAUGUACAACGCAACGUUCCUGGCGUCAGACAGCGGUAUCCCUCCGGCAAGUGGGACAGGCACUCUGCAGAUCUACCUGCUCGAUGUCAAUGACAAUGCGCCACAUGUCUUCCCUGAGGAAGUCUCCAUUUGCGAGAAGCCGGAUCCCAAUGCCAUUAACAUCACCGCUACCGACACCGAUAUCGACCCAAACACGGGGCCGUUUGCCUUUGAGCUCCCUGACAGCCCGGUGGACAUCAGGAAGAACUGGACUAUAACCCGGCUCAAUGGUGAUUAUGCGCAAUUGAGACUGAAGAUUGGAACCCUCGACGAUGGCCUUUAUAAAGUGCCGAUCAUGAUCAUGGACUCUGGAAACCCUCCUAUGUCUGCGACCUCUGACCUCCUUGUCAAGGUGUGUCCCUGUGAUGAAAAUGGCGACUGUACAUCAGUCCAGGCAAUAGUUGCGGCUGGCUUGGGGACUGGGGCUAUCAUCGCCAUUCUGCUGUGCAUCAUCAUCCUACUCAUCUUAGUCUUGCUGUUUGUCAUCUGGAUGAAGAGACGUGACAAGGAACGGCAAGCCAAGCAGUUACUCAUUGACCCGGAGGAUGACGUGAGGGACAACAUCCUGAAAUAUGACGAGGAGGGGGCAUUUUGUUUACGAAAAUCUUACAAAUUUCAGGGGCUGAAGGCCGCAGACAACGAUCCCACAGCACCCCCUUACGACUCACUGUUGGUGUUCGACUACGAGGGCAGCGGCUCCACGGCAGGAUCUUUGAGUUCGCUCAACUCCACAAGUUCUGGCGGAGACCAGGACUACGACUAUCUGAAUGACUGGGGCCCGAGGUUUAAGAAGCUGGCAGAUAUGUACGGUGGUGGCAGUGACUGCUAGGAACUCUCUUCUUUCCAGCGCAAGUGGGAAUGUUUGCAGACUUUUUAAGAACUUCUGACCGAUUUAUUUCCAGCAACACACACACACACACAUACACACACAUGAAAAAAAGAGCUAGGCUUUUACAUGUUAGUCAACUGGUUAAAACGCACGUUCAGUACAGGCUGCAAACUACUUGCGUGAGUGAAGUUAUCGGUAAACUGACACUGUUUUAAAGGAAAUAUUGAUAAGAGCUCUGUUACACUUGAAUCUCAAAGUACAGAAGCACUGGGAUUUUGUGCCUUUUUGUACACUUUUUUGAUCUCCAGAAUCAUUAGAUUUAUGUUACACGCUUUAAAAGUACCUGUGACAUUUUUGAAGUGAUAAUCCUCUUUUCUUGAUCCUCUCCAACGGCAACACAGUGGAGGGGCUUAGGGGAAACUCAGUUAGACGAUGAUGAGCUAUUCUCUGCUUUUAGUUUAAAUAAGAUGCUAAAGACACCAAAUCUCCUGGGUUUUUUUUAAACAUCGCCUUUUGUUUCAGCGGAGAAAGUGAGCAGAUUUCAGACCACGGAUUUUGAAAAGCACUGCAGUACAUUUGAAACAGGCUGAGACUUACAGAAGGUGGUCCUGAUGUUCGUCACAGUGCUGUGAAACUUCCAUUUUCUCAAGCCACAAAAGAAAAUGAGAGUUGAAGUUCAGCCUCGAGCUGAAAAAUGGUAUUAAUUUUUUUUUCUUUAAAAUCUGUUGUACAAAAAGAAAGUGUACAUAAUGUUCAGAGACUUAUUCGACAGACCAGUUCCAAAUCAUGUUGUCAGAAAAACAAACUUUGGGCAAUUCAGAUUUUUCUUUUUUGCAUGUUUUUACCAUUUUGUUUUCACGAAGGGAAUUGGUGUUGACGAAGAAAUGCUUUUGGAGCAAGUGGUGUUGACCAGUUUGAAAAUUUAGAUAGACCAUGACAACUAUUUUUCUUUUCUAAUUCUUAACUAGCACAAAUGUUUUACAUGGUUUGUACCAAAUACCAGGAGGGGUGGGAGAGAUGCUGGUAGCACAUUCAUUAAGGAAGAGCUUUUGAACCAGGAGAGAAUUGUGACGAUGGCUUUUGGCUAUUUUAUUGUGUACCAGAAUCAAAACAUUACACCUCUGGCCCGGAUAUAAAUUAAAGGCUACUUUUGGAAUUUU